UCUGACAGAAAUACGUCAUUGGAGCACUCACGCUGCUAAGAGUAGCAUCAGUAAUUUGUACUUUGUGUGCGGCGUUAUGUACACCAUGGAUUCCUCGAACACCCCAGUACCAAGUAGAAGCCAGUAUGCAUUCGAUACAAGAGCUGAUGGUGGGAGAGGUGCGAGUUUUAUGACUAAAAUCGCAAUCCCUGCCGUGUACAAAAAUAUGGUUCAACUAAGUUAUGAACCGAAUAACAGGAUGCUAUUUGCAAUGGAUAAUUUGCAUCUGACGACGUUCACACUGUUGUUUGAACCCAAGGCAUGCAACUACCACUCAUGCGCCUUAACAUGGAUGACAUUGGACUGAAAUUGCAAUUGUGAAAAUGAUGGCUCACACACUGGAAACUUAAAAAAUAUGCUGAUGUUAUUUUCUAUUAAACUGGCCCAAUGGCCAUUUUAAUCCUAAAAACAGCAAAAUUUACUGAAAUAAAUUCAGAAUAACGUAAAACUUUGUUACAAACCUUAUUUCCUGUAAAAAUAGCUCUUGAAAUAAAUUGUUCACAUCGUAUAUGAAUUUAGAAAUAUGAGGUGCAAUCCUUGUAUUUUGCAUGUAUCAUGAUGUUAGAUAAGCAAGGGUGUUUUUCAAGUUUCGGUAUUAUAAACAAAGAAACUUGUUAUCAGUUGAUGGUGCAAAAAUAUUAAAAUUUGAUGGAGGGGGAUGAAUGGAGUAAGGAGUAAUAUGUCUUUGA